GAAGGUUAUAAUGUUUAUUACUACAGCUGAAACUAAUGAAUAUUUAGUUGAAAUUUAUUGAAAAUUUUUUUAUAUUAUAUGUCGUAUUUAAGCAUAAAUAUAUUGCCUAAUAUUGGGCUGAAUAGAUAAAAUUCAAAAUAUGAUACACAUAAAAUAGAAAAAUUCAAAACAAUUUCGUCAGGGUUUAGGGUAUUGAUAUGGGAGGAUCUGUAAGUCAUGCUUUUCAAUCAGUUGGAAAUGGACAUGGGCAUCGUGUCUCGGAUGCGACCCGCCAACGAGUACAAUUUGUAUUCGAUGCAUUACGUGCAAAUCCUCGAGUUACCACACAGAAGUUAGAAGGAUUAUUACAACAAAUACCGAAGAAUGAGAAUAUAUUAACGGUACAUGAUGCAUCUGGAUACAAUCUGUUACAAAAAUGUGUUGGCGCUAAUAAUGUCGAACUUGUGAAAUGGUUACUAUGCAGGCAUACAACAGCUGAUGUAAAUCGAUGCCCUUGCAGUUUGCCUUUACAUAUUGCAUGCUUAAAAGGGCACGAUGAGUGUGUGGAGUUAUUGUUAAAGCAUGGAGCUAGAAUUGAUGUAGAGGCACGAAUGUGUUGGCCUGGUGCUCACAGUCAAAAUUGUGAAGAACGCGGGAAAUAUUCAAUUAACGAAGAAGGUAUGAUUGAAAGACAAUCAACAAAAUUACAAUCUGCCAUUUAUUACGCUUUAGACGGGGAUCAAGUAAAUAUUUUAACAAUGUUACAACAACGCUGCGAAGAACCUUGGAUGCCGUUUAGACAACGAAAACCAUUAUUACAUAUUGCAUGUGAGCGAGCUGCUUGGAAAUGUGUUCAGCAAUUAGUUGCAGAUCGGCAAGAUGAAAUUAACAUGUUACGUGAUGAAUAUUAUCCAAUACAUCAGGCUGUUUUACAUGAUAGUAAAUUUUUAGAACUUCUUAUUGCAUCUGGUGCUGAAACAACUGUACGAACUUGUACACAACAAAUGACUUUAUUACACGUUGUAUUAUUAAUUGCGAGAAAAUCAGCGGAGGACACUCAGGCUACAAUUAAAAUUCUGCUCGAGCAUGGAUGUAAAGAACUUAUUAACGCUCCGGAUAGUUUAGGUAAUACACCACUCCAUGCUUUAGUGGUACGAUAUGCUCUGGAAGAAGCUCGUUAUGGAUAUGAAAAAUGGAAUAAAUGGGAUGUAUUACAUUUGGUUCGAUAUUUAUUACAAAAUGGAGCUGGCCCUUCAAUAAACCAAACAGGAAACUCAGCAUUGGCGUGCGUUUUAAGACAUGUCCGUGAUUGGGAUGUAUGCUACGAACUACUAAACAUGCUCCUAACACAUGGCGGUGAGCCCAACAUGGUUGGACGCGAUGGUUCUGUUCCAAUAAUGGUAUGCCUCGUACCACUAAUCAACAAAGACCCCUUACAUCAUUUUACACAUAGCAUGAAAGUAUGUUACUUAAAUUGUAUUCGAAUCCUAUUAAAACAUGGUGCAAAUCCAAAUUGUAGCAACCAAUGUAACUUAACGCCAUUACAUGUACUUGUGUUCACUGUUUCCGAAAACAUCACAAUUAAUUGCGAUACACAAAAGAAAUUAAAUUUUGAAUUUAUUAAAAAUUUAUUAAUUUUAUUGUUAACACAUGGUCUGGAUUUAAAUGUUCGAUUUACAAAUCAUACACAACACAUUUUAAAAUCCUGUAUGGAUAUGAUAUGUAAUGUUCGAGAUUCCAAGGAUAUAGAUUAUGUCCAUGAUUUAACGUUAACAUUUAUACAAUAUGGCGCCAAUCCAAAUAUUAGUUUAAAUAUUUAUCCACAACAUUUUCAACAUCAGAAUUCAACGAAUAUAUUUAAGGCGAAAAAGAAUUUUAUAUUGUACUAUUAUAUAAUGUUAAUAUCCAAAAAAGAAAAUCUUUUAUUAGAUCCAAAAUAUACAUUCACAAAAUUAAUUUAUUUAUUUUAUAUGGCUAUGAAUCAUAAUGCGUUGUUUAAUUGUUUAAAAAUGUUAUAUACGCAACAAUUAAGUCAAGUGCCAGUUAAACAAACUGAAGUGUUGACAAGUUUAAUACGUGAAUUAUAUAAACGGCCGCGUUCAUUAAAACAAAUAUGUCGGGUACGAAUUUAUGAAAGUAUGGGGCGUAAACCCGGUUUAUUGGUAAAUAAAUUAAAUUUACCAAAUUCGUUAAAAGAUUAUUUGUUAAAUUUUGAUCUAUAAAAAGAAUUUUAGAUAAUACAAGCUCAAUUCAUAUAUUGGUCCGAUUUCAUCUCAAUAUAAUAUUUGUUGUAAUCAAAGAGGUCAUGCACACCUCAGUUUAAAUGGAUUUUAUGUUCCGAAAUGAGCCUGCCCACCAAUUUUUGAAAAUGAUUUCCACUUUUAAAGAAACUUGUUUUUGUUAAUCACAUCGUAUUUUGUAAAAUUUAAUGUAAUCUCAAAAUGAAUACAAAUAUAAAUAAUUAUGUUUGGAGUUUAAAGUGACGGGCGCCCAGAGAUAAAUAAAUUUCUAUUUAGCGCCUUUUAAAAGUUAAAUAUGCUUAUUAAAAUGCGUCCCUCUAGAGAUUUAGCCUCUUUUCUGGACUAUAGCUCCGACAUUGCAAAAAUUUUGAUAUCACUAUCUUUUGAAAUGGAAAGUUUAUUUAAUAUUCCCAAAUAUCUGCAUUAAUUUGGUUUAAUUAAGUAAUAAUGAAAAUCAAAUAAGUGAUUUGCAACGUUAAACAAACUGAGUUAUACAGAAGACCAUACAGACAUUGUAAACACGUGUCCAGGGGACCUGCGGACCCAGUAUAAAAGAAAAAUUUAAUGCGUGCGCCAAUAAAAGAGACAGGCGGCGGAUUAACGAAGGUUCUAAAAGUCGACACUUGAUUCAUGGCGACUAAAAAAAUAUCUAUUUUGAUAGAUUUAUAUUACGGGGGGUGCCUGUGUACAUCUUCACUUUUUUUUUACAGACCUGACAUCCAUAUCAGGUUUAUUUCUAUUGGAAGGAAAUUAAUUUUGUAGAAAUUAAUUUUUUUCCAAAAAAUAAUACUUUUCUUAUUUUACCACAUAAACUUAUCCAAUAUUAAAAAAUAAAAUGUUGUGGGCAUGCUCAUUCAAUUGAUUUACAAAUAAAUCAAUCUCUCUCUUCCGACAUAAAUCUUUUGUCAUUAUUUUACACUAACUACCCAGAGAGUAUCUAUUGCAAGCCGCUACCUUAUAUGUUUUUAUUUAUAGAAUAGAAUCGUACAUGAAUGAAUCGGAUCUAAAAAUGCUUUCCAAGAUCAGAAGGCUUGAAUUGUUUGCAAAAAUAUUUUCAGAAAAUUUUCGUACUUGAAAGCAAAUCACAAAUAUUCAGAAUAAGGGUUUAAGUCUGUAAUUAUUACUUAAGAAGAUUUUUUUUAUAAACUUAUGACAAUUUCAAUCAAAAAUCACGUUCAAAAAUUCCAGCCAAAUAUUUUUUACGGUAACUUAUUGAUCUUGUGGAUGUUUCCUUAGAAAAUUAAUAAUAUACAAUUUUUGAUCCUAGAUCAGCAAAUAUUACUAAAAAUAUUUAAAUAAUUCGUCGAUUAGCCGAUAUAAUUUCUUAAUAAUCUCGGAUGCAGUUUUUUACCUGUUAACGCACACAAAAUUAAUUAUCCGUUUUUUGGCUACGCACAAAUAUUAAAUCUGACGCGCAAAUAUCAAUUAAAUUGGUUUACUAACAAGUGCGAAGAAAAAAGUGUUAGUUGAAAUUAAUUAAAGAUGAAGGAACCUGUGUAAAACUUUUGUACUUUUAUAAGCUGGAAAUUUUGUACACAUAUUGUCAAAUUUGAAUUAGCCUUCCGUAUUAAUAUAAUAUUCCGUAUAUUAUAACGAAAGAAAAUGUCUCGUAAAUGGCAUAUGUGUAAUAAUAAUUUGCUUCGAAGCAACAUUUUAAUAAAUUGACCGCCGAGAAUUACUUCUACCAAGUAUUUUGGUGAAUUGAACUGUACGUUUGUUUGUCCCUUUCUUCUUAAUUUAAAAAUAAUUAUGAACAUAAUUAAAAUCAGAAUUCAAUUUUCUAUUGUUUAAGUAAUGAUUACAAACUUGACUAAACUUAAAACAACAUCUCUUUUUAUCAAUUCAACAAACUAUAAAAAAUUAUAUAAUCACAAUCAAAUAAAGAUAAUGGAAUUCUUAAAUUAAUAAAUUAAACUGAAGAUGUUCGAUGAUGAAUUUAAAAAAAAAAAAAAAUAUUACGCUUGUCUGUAUUUGCAUGGAAAGAAUUAUUUAUCUAAUCAAAAAAUGUUAUACUUAAAAAAAAUGUACCAGGUGUAUCACAAUAAAUGAUAAAAAAUCUAGAGAGUUAUAGGGUACACCGAAAUAAAAAUUUUGGUAUUAGGAAUAUAUGUCUGGAAACACUUCUCACAUACCGCAACGAAUUUCUAUCUAAUCCUUUGUGUUUACUAAAAAUUGUAUCGUUUUACGAUAAAAAAUGUCAGCCAUUUAAAGUUUUGCUCUAUCUCUAACGGAUUGUGAGCUAUUAAAUAGCAAAAAUGUUUUUCAUAAAAAUAUCAAAAACUUUAUUUCAAAAAAAUAUUUUGAAAACCCAAUGAAUUUGGUAGUAAUUUGACACGAUAUACCAAAUUUCUGACGUCUUAAGCUUUGGAUGACAGCUUUUCCGGACACAUGUUACUACUACCAAUUUACUUGAGAUAAAAUUAAAAUACAUUACAGUUAUAAUAAACAUUUUUUCCAUGCA